CAAGAGCCAAUCGGAGCACAGAGAAGGCGGAGCCCUGAGUGCCUGAUUUAAAGCACAGUCGCACGCCAUUUUUAACGGUUUCGGCCGCUGGUGUGUUCCGCCGAGCUAAUAGAAUAAUACCCGCAGUAUGCCGAAAGAGGAACAGCCCCGAGAACCGGAGCAGCUUCGAAAGCUGUUCAUUGGAGGCCUGAGCUUCGAGACAACAGACGAGAGCCUGCGCUCGUACUUCGAGCAAUGGGGCGCGUUAACCGACUGUGUGGUUAUGAGAGACCCGAGCUCCAAGCGCUCCAGAGGUUUCGGUUUUGUCACGUACUCCAGCGUGGAUGAAGUCGAUGCCGCCAUGAAGGCGCGUCCCCACAAAGUCGACGGCCGCCUCGUAGAACCCAAACGCGCCGUGUCCAGAGAGGAUUCCAACAAGCCUUUCGCGCACACCACGGUGAAAAAGAUCUUUGUGGGCGGCAUUAAGGAAGAUACGGAGGAGAGCCAUCUACGGGACUACUUUGAGGAAUUCGGAAAGAUCGAAGCAGUUGAAAUAAUGAUUGAUCACAAGACGGGGAACAAAAGGGGCUUCGCGUUUGUUACGUUCGACGACCACGAUGCCGUGGAUCGCAUCGUUAUUCAAAAGUACCACACAAUAAACGGCCAUAAUUCAGAAGUGAGAAAGGCCCUCUCUAAACAAGAGAUGCAGAAUUCAGCGAGCAUGCGAGGGCGUGGAGGUGGAAACUACGGCGGUCGAUAUGGCGGCAACGACUUUGGAGGAGACCGAGAUGGAUUUAGAGAUGGGUUCAGGGAUGGAUAUAGGGGAGGGAGAGGUGGCAAUGGAGGAUAUGGAGGUGAUGGCUACAACGGUGGAUUUGGAGAUGGUGGCUAUGGUGGUGGUGGUCCUGGCUAUGGAGGCAAUCGCGGUAGCGGUGGAUAUGGAGGUGGCGGACCAGGCUAUGGUAACAACGGCGGUGGAGGAUACGGUGGCGGUGGAGGAUACGGUGGCGGUGGAGGAUAUGGUGGCGGUGGCAGCUAUGAUAAUUAUAACAACGGCAAUGGAAACUUUGGAGGUGGUAAUUUCGGCGGCGGGGGUGGCGGCGGCAACUACAAUGAUUUUGGAAACUACAACAGCCAGCAGUCGAGCUUUGGCCCUGUGAAAGGAAACUUUGGGGGAGGUGGCAGGAGUAGUGGCCCAUAUAGUGGGGGAUAUGGGGGCAGCUCAGGCGGAGGUGGGGGCUAUGGCGGAGGAUCUGGUGGUAGACGAUAUUAAGUCCUUUUUAAAGGACUCAGUACUUAGGAGAGGAGACAGGAGAGCGAGAGGAAUGACAGGGCAGCAGCAGGUUUACCCCAUAGAUCUGCUCAGCCAUUCAGAAGAGCUGUACAAUAGUGUGGUCAUGAGAGACUUUCUGUUUUUGUGUAUGGUUGUGAAUGUCAGGCUUUUUAUAUUUUUGUUUAUGGGAUGCAUUCCAUAUAAAGCUUUGUGUAGAAUAAUUUAAACCAGGGUCCUAAUUAUAUGUAACUCCAACACAAUCAAGAAAUAAAGCAAAAUCCAGUUUUUCUUAA